AUGACACAAUCAAACGGUGCCCAUACCAACGGCGCUCAUGCCAAUGGCACUUCCAACGGUGCUGCUAACGGUGCUGCUAACGGUGCUGCUAACGGUGCUACCAACUCCUAUAAAAACGGCACCAACAAGUGCGACCAUGUGGACACUCUCGUCGACAAGGUUAACCAGUCCGUCGGCACAUUCCAAGACGGCCACACAGAGAAAGAAAGACUCGUAGCACUCAAAGCAGCCCAGGAACUGGUCCGUGCUCUCCACGGACCCAAAGACAAUGUCUACCACCUGGUCUAUUCACCCACACAAGCCAUGUGCGUGCGCAUGGGUAUCGACUUGGAGAUCUUCUCUACACUCAGUAAAGCCUCGGGGCCUGUAAGUUUGCAAGAGCUGGCGGCUGUUAAGAAUGCGAGCCCUUUGAUUACCGAGCGUGUGCUUCGUGUUCUCGCCGGAAUCGAAUACGUCGCAGAACACGAUGUCCAUGUGUACAGUGCCACUCGCAUGACGCACCAAAUGACCGACCGGUUCAGUAUCGCCAUGGUGAAGUUCAUUUACGACUUCGGCAUGCCCACCGUCGCAAAGAUCCCCGAGUUCCUGCGCAAGCAUGAAUACAAGUCCAUCGACGGCAGUACAGCCGGGCCAUGGCAGUACGCUACAAAUAGCGAAGAGUCACUCUGGGACUGGAUAGCCAAGAGCGAAGAGCGGCUGGAUAUUACACACAGUUUCAUGGAAGGGGAUCGGGGGAGUCGGCCGCCAUGGGUGGAGUGGUUUCCUGUCGAGGAGCAGCUUAUCAGCACGUUUACUGGGAGUCAUGAAGAUGUCUUUCUGGUGGAUGUUGCAGGGGGCAGGGGACAUGAUAUAAGGACGUUCAGGGAGAAGUUUCCCCAGGCGAGGGGGCGUUUUGUCCUUGAGGAUUUGGAACAUGUCAUUGAGCAGAGCGUGGAUGGGCUGCAGGCUGAGAAGAUUGCGUUUGAUUUGUUUAAGCCCCAGCCGGUUAAAGGCGCGCGAGUGUACUACAUGAAGUUCAUCCUGCAUGACUGGUCAGACAACGACAGCCUGAAGAUCCUGGAGCGGAUCCGUGAAGCAAUGACGCUCGGGCACUCGGUCCUGGUUAUAGAAGAGUUCAUCCUCCCUGAAAAGGAUUGCCCGAUGCUCUCGGCGAUGUGGGACUGGGAGAUGAUGGUAUUCCUCAACAGUCUCGAGCGCUCCGAGGGGCAUUGGCGAAGGCUGCUGGACGAGGCGGGCUUUGAGGGGAAGUUCUUCUACCCUCCUGGUGAUGGCCAGGGCAUUAUUACAGCAGAACUGAAGUAG